AUGUCGACAAACAACCAAGAGCAAGCCCCAUUGCCCCAACGAAAGUCGCUGCGUUUGGCGGGAAGGGUCCCCGCGAACCCCGGCGUGGCCGAACCCCAACGCAUUGGCAGAAAGGUGUCGGCUGCAAAAGGCCACAUCGACCUCCCCGAGCAAGAGAGGGACUCGAGUGCCGGGAUGUCAACCCUGUCCCCGGUGAAGAAACGACCAGCCGACGGCUCUCCGGACGUGUCCCCAGACGCCGAUCAACUCGUGUUGAGCUCUCCACCGAAGAAACCAAGCAAGAUUCCGGACAGUGUGAAGCUCAAACACGAAGUGAUCGACUUGACGGGUGACGAUUCCGACGAAGAGAAGCCCCGGACUGGAGUGGCGCGGAACUUAUCGGGCUCUUUCAAAGUUGGGGAACCAGCCCCUCUAGUCCAAGGGGCCCCUUACGGACGAAAGAUUGUGGAAGUACCGGAUCCGCACCCGUGGGAGGAAGACGUCAAGCCACCCCCGGCUGAAGACGCCUUCGUGUUGAGGACAGCCAGAGAAGUGUCGCAGAGGUUUGCGAUCAUCGUCCACGAUGUGGAGUAUCAACAGAAGGCUGAGGCCCUGAAGUUCUUCCAACAGGUCAACGAAGACCGGUCGCGCCUCCUAGUGCUCAAGAAUCCCGUUUUAUAG